AUGUCUGAUACCUUGUUGGAUUUAGAAUUAUGCCUAGAAAAAUGUAUCGAAGGUGUGUCGCCAGAUUUUAAGAAAAAUAUUCUUAAACAGGACGAAAUUGUGGUUAAUAUACAUUAUUAUGGAACAUUAUCGAAUACCACAUUUGCAACAUCAUCAUCCGCUGCAUGUUUUAAUAAUAAUUGUUUAAUUGAAAGUACAUUACCACCAAAUUUAGUGUUUAACGAUAAUUCUUUACGUACAGUGAUUGUUUAUAGUUUAUUAUUUAUAAUUGCUGCGGUUGGUAAUUUAACGGUCUUUAUAACAUUAUUUCGUUCACGUCAUCGAAAAUCACGUAUUAAUUUAAUGAUUACACAUUUAGCUGUUGCUGAUUUAAUGGUUACUUUUAUUAUGAUACCUUUAGAGAUUGGAUGGCGAAUCACCGUACAAUGGAUGGCUGGCAAUGUAGCCUGUAAAAUAUUUGUAUUUUUACGUGCAUUUGGUUUAUAUUUAAGCAGUAAUGUACUUGUAUGCAUUUCAAUUGAUAGAUAUUUUGCUGUAUUGCAUCCACUACGUGUUAGUGAUGCUCGACGGCGUGGAAAAACUAUGUUGAGUGUUGCAUGGACCGUAUCGUUGUUGUAUGCGUUGCCACAGAUUUUUGUAUUUAGUGUACAAAAACAUCCACAUUAUCCGUCAUUCGAACAAUGUGUGACAUUUGGUUUUUUCUCGUCAAUGGUACAAGAGGCUGCAUAUAAUUUGACAUGCGUAUUUGCAAUGUAUUUUAUACCAUUAUUAAUUAUUAGCUUUGCAUAUUUAGCAAUUUUAUGUGAAAUAUGGAAAAAAUCACGAGAGAGUAAAGAAUCAAAUCGAUGUCAAGAAAAUGGUCAUCUUCAUUUAAGGCGUUCCGAUAUCUCAAAUAUUGAACGUGCUAGAAGUAGAACGCUGCGUAUGACAGCUACGAUAGUUGCUGCGUUUGUUCUAUGUUGGACGCCGUAUGUGGUCAUGACACUAUGGUACAUGUUUGACCGUGAAAGUGCUUUGAAAGUGGACGCUGGAUUACAAGAUGCAUUAUUUAUGAUGGCUGUAUCAAAUAGUUGUAUGAAUCCAUUAGUUUACGGUAGUUAUGCAAUGAAUUUACGUCGAGAAUGUUGUAAUUUUUUAUGCUGUAGUAGUCCACAAAAUUCGACACCACAAAAUCGUUAUAGUGCAAAUUAUAAUUUACCAAAUACUGUGAUUGUUCAAAAUGAAAAUGGAGACCAGAGAAGUGUCUACAGACGCCUAGUUAAAUACAUUUCCUCUUUGCGAAAAGGUGUAGCAUCGGGAAUAACGCGAAGUACAGGUACUUUACAUGUCACAAACGCCAAAAAUUCACCGGAAUCAGCCAUUAUUGUGGAACUACCGAAGAGUUCACCUGUGUUUAAUAAGAAAUCUGAAGAACAAGAUUAUGAAUUAACAUCAUUCAUAUCAGAACCUGUUAUGGGCUCAUCAAUACGCACGUUCUUCUCCAGUGAUCCAACAGGAAGGCAUAUAAGUAUAUUCCUGUCCAGAUCAACAAACAAUUUUACAUAA